CUUAGUUGCCUUCUUUAGCAGAAAAGGUACAGCAACUGACCCAGCCUGUGCACAGACAGAAAGAGAGAGAGGGAGAGGGAAAGAAAGUGACUGAGAGAGGAUGUAUGAGAAACAGAGGACCAAAAUGAAUGACACUGCUUUGAACAGGAAAACAUUUUAAUAAGCACAAUGGGACCUCGUCUGAUGCUACUUUUGGCUGUAGUUAAUGAAGUGGUGGCUACGUUUCGACCUCGACAUCUCUCCCCGUGCCGAGUGGAAAAAACUUACGUGUAUUGCAACAGUUUGAACUUAAAACACAUUCCAUCUGACCUGCCACCUGAUAUUCAAGUACUGGACAUGUCAUACAACUUCCUUCAGAACUUGACUGACGAGUUCUUAAGCUAUUAUACCUCCAUUCAUGAACUGAAUCUAUACAACAACGAAGUAAGUUUUGUACAGCCUGGUCUUUUCAAAGAUUUUGCCAAUCUUGAAAAUCUGGAUUUGUCCAAGAAUCAUUUAGAUCAGUUUGCUCAGCUGACAUAUGGAAUUGGACCACUGCCAAAGGUUAAAACAUUAGACCUCUCCAGCAAUGGACUCUAUUCUAGCAUGCCACCUGUUUUUUUGCACAAUGCAUCUGCACUUUUGAAUGUUUCCCUCAGCAGAAACAGUAUCACCAAAAUAGACAAAGACACCUUUAGUGGGGCAUCUGCUCUGAAGAGCAUUGAUCUUAGCAAUAAUGUUAUUUUGGAAAUUGAAGAUGGAGCCUUUGACUCUCUACCUGAUCUCACUGAACUGAACCUUUCAACAAAUUCUAUCACCUGCAUUGUUGAUUUUAACCUUAUUCAGCUCAAGCUACUAAACCUCAGUAAAAACAGCAUUGAAUCCUUUCACACAACUGAUUCUGAAAAUGAACACAAUUUACUUUACCUUGACUUAAGUGAAAACAAAAUAUUAUACUUCCCUGUGUUGCCGAAACGUAACAAGCUGAUCUAUCUGGAUUUGUCACGGAAUCUGCUACAGACUGUUUCUGCUGGGCCACUCACUGAUGAUCCUAGCUAUAUUAGCUACUCUUGGUUUGCAGAAACCACCAGUUCUUGGAAUAAGACUAUUUCAGGUUCUGGAACAGAAACCAACCUCACAAAACUCCUUUAUUUAGAUCUGAGUUAUAACGAGAUUAAAUCAAUCUCAGACAAAUUCUUUAGCACAAUGAGAUCCCUUGAGCUGCUAAAUCUUAGCAAUAACUGCCUGGUAUCAUUUACUGUUGGCAGUGACACACUCAAUUCACUGGACACCCUUGAUUUGAACUUCAAUGCCCUACAGAAUCUUUCAUUUGCAUCAAGUGCUCUUAGAUUCCUGAAGAAACUGUACUUAAAGAGCAACAAUUUGCAGACUUUAGAAGCCCAAGUGUUCAUCCAUUUGCCUCAGAUUCAAUUGAUUGAUCUUCAGGAAAAUCAUGUCAGUAUCUGCGAGUACAACCCUACAUCUCCAGGUUUAUCUUGCUCUAGUAAUAAAACUGACUGCAUUUUCUUAGCUGGGAUUCCAUCACUGCUUUACUUGUACUUAUCAAGUAACACCAUAAAGUAUAUACCACAAUAUGCUUUUUAUGGGACCCCUCUACUGGUCUUGGAUGUAUCUAACAACAAAGAUUUACAGUUACAUGAGAAAUCAUUUUUUGGACUGGAUUCAUCUUUGAAAUAUUUAUAUCUUCAUAAGAACUCUCUUCAAAGUUUGACUGUCGAUAUCUCUCUUCUUACUGGCAUUAAGCAUGUCAUUUUAUCAGACAAUCAGCUGACAGAGCUGUCUCCUUGGAAUAAGGAAUCCUCCAUUGAAGUUCUAGACUUGAGGAAUAAUAAACUCCCGUUUAUUCAACACCAUACAGUAACAAUUUUGAAAAAAAGCCUAAAAAGGCUGUAUAUUAGUGGUAACCCACUUGACUGCUGUAGUAAUUCCCAAUUUAUACAUAUGGUUCUGAAGUCCACAGUUGAAAUUCCUGAAAUAAAUGUGCUCAAAUGUCAUUUUUCAAAUAACCCUGAACUUAACGAAUUACCUUUCCUGAAUGUUUCCCAGGAGGACUGCGAUAAGCAAGAUGCCAAGAUUAUUACGAUUGUAAUUAUAAUCAUAAUGGCAUUAUUUGUGUCUGUGUUUAUUGGCUUAAUUUCCAGAUGCUACCGAGAGCGUAGGCUGAAGUCACGAGGCAGCUACAAGGCACGACCAGAGGGCAUUUAAGCUGUAGAUUUAUAUAGUGACAUUUCAUUUUUUUCUGACUUUUCCUAUGUUUUCUGAUCAGAUCUGUUUUAUCUCUUCGAUGGGACGGCACCCUGUCCAGGAAUUGUUCCUGCGUUGCACAUGGUGCUUGCUGGGAUAGGCUCCAGCUUCCUCAUGACCCUGCUUUGGAUAAGUGGGUUUAGAAAAUGGAUGGUUAGAUCUGUUUUAUCUGUUGCUUUUGGUAGAUUUUAUUUGGGAGAAUUCUGGUAGCAGUUGGCCUUGACAAUCAAUGUUACUAUCAUACUUUUUAUCAUUGUUAUUUAUCAUAAUUCCAGUGGCAGUUAAAGAAGGGUACCUUUCACUGGAUAUGUGAAAAAAGUUACUUGUCACAAUUUAGCAGUAUUCAUUUUUAUUCUUGUCCUAUACUUAGUAUAGGUAUAAUAUCUUUUUGAAAACACAGGCUUGUUUCUUAUAUGCCCCAUCCUCCAAAUUUCCAAAAAUGCUUGUUGAUGAAAUUAACUGUUAUUUACCUUGACAGUUAUGUUAAAAAAAUUAUGUUUUCUUAAAAACACCCACCUUACAUUUAGGAAGUAUUCCAUGUGAAGAGAGCACAACAUUUAGGUGAUUUUUUGUUAAGUGUCAGCGACAUUGAAACUAGUUGCCUUUUCAUAGAUGAAUACUGAAUGCAAAAAAUGAAAUUUGAAGGUGUGAAUAAAAUUAGAGUAGAUAGAACAAUUGGACACUCUGUCCUAAACCAUGAUACAAUCUGUGCACAACUUUAAUAUAUCUACCCAUAAGCUUUAAAUGCAUUUUUAUUUCUGUUGAAGUUGAGGGUAAUACGUCAGAUUAAUUUUUAAGGACAGACUGAAAUUAAACAGUUAUACUUUGUUGGCUCACUCUAUAUAAAUCCAUCUAUUAAUCCAUUCUUAUAUGUCUCAAAUGAUUUAAAUGUACUUAACCAUAAAACUACAUACACAAGCACACACAUUAAUAAUUAAUACAGGCACUUAAUGUUUAUUAAUACAGACGUUGUAAACAAAAGAAAGCAAAAGAUAAUGAACAACUAGAAGACAAAAUUACCAGUUAACAUCAUUCCUGAUUUAUGUAAACCUUUGAUCAGUCCACAGACAUUUGGCUGCUCUCUUCCAUCUGAUUAUCGUAAAACAUCGUACACUACUGUAGAGUCCAUAGCUCUGAUACGAGGGCGGCUGCAGGAUCAGUAACUGUUAUUGCCUAAGGUUUAUAACAACUUUCAUGUCUGGUUUGAAAAACUGACCCAAGUGGGACAUCACCUUCAAUGGCUUCUACUUUAUUAGAGUGAAUAACUGUUUUACUGAAUAUGGCAGGUUUGUCUGCCCUUGGAAUUUGUUAGUAAGCCGUUAGUUUUGCAGUUGAAAUUCCAUCUUGACAUGAUUGUGCCCAUAAAUUCUGCUAAGUAACGGUUACCAAAGGCUGUCCUUUCUACUCCUAAGAAUGACCCUUGAGGCAGCAUUUUGAAAUAACACAUUUGUUUUAUUUUAAUUUUGCCAAAUUAAAAUUCAGGCCUUACGAGUUUAAAUUCCAUCGGUAUCUGUCACUUACUAAAAUAAUCACACUUUUUAAAGACAGUUACCAAUCAUUCAAUGUUUUAACUCUUUAAACCAAGUGAGGAAAUGCCAUUGAUAAAUAUAUACCUGAGCAUUAUCCAUAUUACAAGGAAGGGAAAAACAUGUUUCAAACAGCAUCACAUAAAAGCAACCGUAUCAAGAAAACAGUAACAUUCCCAGCCCUGAAAUCAGAACAAAAACCAUAAAGUAUGCAAUUUUGCAACAUAAGUGUUUGAGUACUCUCGGCACUUUUCUGUACAUAUUGAAAACAGUUGGUUGGCAUCACUGUAGAACUCUCCUACUGCAGGGAUCGGACAUCACAGGCUGCUGUGCAAGAGGUGUUUCCAAGUCCUCCCCAUGUCUGUGUGGGUUUUUCUCUCGGCUAUUAAUGUUUGUCUUCCACAUUGUGGAACACAUGCAUAUUAGGUUAAUUGAAGACCAAGGGAGGCUCACUUUAGCGAAGAACUGACUUCUGACUCUGAGGUCCUGGGUGCAUGGCUAGCCUCUCCAUGUGAGAAGGUGAGACCCUUUGUGCGAGUCUUCACUUUGACAAACCUGACCUGAUAUCUACAGUUGGUCUCAUUUAGGGAGCAUCUGUAUUGUAAUUCAGCUUUGCUCUGUGAAACCAACAAUUCUUUUACUUUUAGAUAUGGUUGUCAUCAGAAUGAGCUAAUUAUCAACAGUAUGCUAUACCUAAGUGUAAUAACAAAUAAAAAAUAUAAAUAUUGCUUGCUACACAAACAGAAAAAACUAAGAAUGUGUGUUGCUAAAUUGGAUAGUAUACAAUAUUAAUGCACUUUGAGAUGUUGUAUAAUAUUUUGUAUGAAAUCAAACACUAUUUUUUUUAUUGUGCAUUUAUUGUGCAUGUAUGCAUGCAUUAUUUUUUUGCUAUUUUACUCUACUUUUAUUUUUUUGCUAUUUUUAUAUGUAUAUACUAUAUAAAGGGAAGCAUUAUGCUUAACCUUUUGGGAUACUAAAAAUAAUUAAUUGACGCUAAGGGCAGUGACAGUCUUGUGCUGGCCAAACAUCCUCAAGGUGAAUUGCACUGAUAAACGGAUUCGGUUAACCAGAAUAAGACGUACAAGGAUAGUGUGCUUAUACUAUAAUGGAUAGGCCAGUAGCGAUUGUCUACAAUUAUACUCGACAGAUUGUACAUUGAGAAUAUCAGCAUUCCACGAAAAAGUUACAAGACAUGAGUGUUGUUAAGAGCUUUUAGGUAACGUCACGGUGGAUGUUGUUUUGAAGUGUGCGACUUUCAUAGGAUAGAAUUUAAAACAAUAAAGAGAGGGCUUACAACACUAGCUGCCUUAAUAUAUAUUUGCAUUGAACCUUUAAAAAUAUAGCACACAUAGAAUAACAGAUUAUCGUGGGCAUAAUAGGACUUUUUGUCAUCAGAUGAAAUUUGUGUUUUACAGGUUUAGAUAUUUUUCUAAAUAUUCCUGCAAAAUAUAUAAUCACUCCACUGGAGUUAGCUGUUGGCCUGAAACUGUCCGAGGUUAAAAGUGCCAGCGAGCUUCUUAUUGGUAUAAAUAGGAAAAGGUCGGCUUCCACAACCUUACAUAGGCAUGAACUGAAAAUACCUUUUCUCCACCUCGUAAUUUGCAAAAAGUAUUCUUUUAAAUGGUUACAGGUCAAAUGUAUAUGUUAAAUGCCUCGAGCUAGACUUUGAGCGGUUUUAUUUAGCUAGAAUAAUAAAAGGGUUUUAUGAAAUAAUGGCACUAAAAUAUUUGCUGUGAUGAAAGCUGCCAUGCAGUUCUGAUGUAGUGGGACUGGUUACUUUUUAUUAAGUGCAAUUCAUGUGUGAUAUAGAAGUAGACUUCUUUUUAUAUCAGUCAUGACUUAAAUAUUAGUCCUUGUGUCUUAUGCAUUUUAAUUUUUAUUUUGAACUGAAGGAAAUAUGCACAAAACACUAUUUUUAAGAAAAACUGUCUUUUGUAAAUAAAUGACUUUUUAAUGCAUAUUUAUAUGUUUGUUAAACAUUUACUGUUAAUAAAUUAUCUUUUAAUGUUAAAA